CAAGCAUUUCUCAUCCAGACACGCAACAACGAUGGGCGUCAUCGACUUCAUAAAAGACAUCCUGCGCCCCGGAAACGGGGUUGAUUACCCGAAGCCCGGUGAUAUGGUCACCGUGCACUAUCAUGGGUACCUGUAUGACCCGACACGGUCGUGGAAUAGGGGCCGUCGAUUCGACAGUAGCAUCAAGCGGGGUAUCCCGUUUACGUUUCAGGUUGGGAUGGGGAAGGUUAUUAAAGGAUGGGAGGUUGGGAUUCUGGGUAUGAGCCUCGGUGAGAAGGCGCUGCUUACCUUUGGACCUCAUUAUGGAUAUGGUGCCAAAGGAGCGCCUCCAUUCAUCCCGGGAAACUCCACGCUCGUCUUGUAAGUUGCCUGCCAAUUCCCGGGAGACACUAAGCUAAGUCCGCAUAGUAACGUCGAGUUACUUGCCAUCAACGGGAAAACGUUGCAGUCCGAUGACUCGGAGUGAUUACUGCAUUUGUGUCCCAUAGAGAUCUGUUGUAUGAAUAGGACGAACAACGACAGGCAUGCGAUGUGUAUGAUGUAGUCAAAAGCAAUAAAUCGUUCGGUAAAUAUGUGUAUGUUCCGGCCCAGCCAUUGGUGUUGAAUCUUGCAUCUGCGAAACCGCUGGGCGAUGUCAAGCUACCAUGGAUCUUUACCUCCUAAUCUCUUUGUACCCCGGCACACUACGGCUUUCGCAAGUUUCAAUUCGGAAUACGUUACGAGUACUACCUACCCGCUACCCGCGGGUGAAACAAUAGCAAUGAGACGAGGAUCAUGAUGAAGAUAGAGAUGAGGAUAGCGAUGAUACUUUAACAAACAACAUCCUGCAACAGUCUACUCACUUGGAGCUCAAUUCUUCGCGCCACACGGCAAUAAUAGCGAAUAGAACUUGAUUCCUAACACAAAUGUUUUCACUACUAGUAGUGUAUCCGUCGCAGGAUAACUGAGCCGGCUCCGCACGAAAGGAUUCAGCGCUCAACAGAUAGAAACAUCAAGGUACUGAGAAUACACCCGUAAACAACGCCAUGCCCAGCUCCUCCGCGACAAUCGAGAAUGCAAACGGCCUGUCGAAAAUGAUAUCAGGGGGUGGUCUCGAUGGCCCGCGGCCUCGGCUGAUCAUGACUGCAGUCGCAGCGGCAGCCUCGGUUCCCUGUUCGUCGAGGAUAAUAGUCACACUAUGCACGAUCUGGUCGACAAGAUUGUCUCCCGACGCCAUGGCGGAGAAGUUGCCAGAUAAAGGAUACCCAAGCUCCUGUAGUAAAGGCUUGAUGCUGUCCUUGGUCUGGAGGUUGAACUUGGGGAGGCCGAAUUUUCCAACUUUGAACUUGUAGAAACUGUCCUUGUCGUAUUGGCAGAUUUGAGGUAGGAUGUCUUGGACGGACUUGUCUUUCUUCGGCAGAUAUGCGACCAAGGACCAUUCCGAAGGGAGGGUGGCGACAUAUGGUAGGCGUACCGCGGUGUAGUCGCCUUUUUCGCUGACGAGGAUGGAGUCUCGAUGACGGAACAUCAUCUCCACUUGCUUCGUCGUAUUGAAAGCAUGGUCUGUGAUGGUGUUCGUUGGGUCGAAAGCCGUUUCCCAGGUGGCCUUGAACACCAGCGCAUUGAUCAGGACCAUGUGCGAGAGGUCCAGCAUGUCCCGCGUGAGCAUGUUCUUGAUGAGCCCAUCCGUCUCUUGUUCGAUCCAACCAUUUAUCUGGUCGACGCCAUCAGCAAGAUUGGUGAAAUCGGAAUUGAUAUACGCGUUCAGCUGCUCUAGGUACCGAACAUAGUCAGGAAACACUUCAGUGGAUUUCGUCGUAAACAACGCAUUGGCCGAGUUGAACCUUAUCGCUUCAGAUUUCAGCGUCUUGAACACCUUUGAUAGCACAGUGGUUAUUUCGCUCGCAUUUCCAAGACCUAGACUUGAACAGAGUUCUUCACGAUGGGUGCCUUGAGCUCCGCCUGCCAGCAUGGCCAGCGCAGUGGUGAUAGACAGCGCAGACACGGCGGUUCCACUGGGAGGAACGCCGUUCGAACAGAGCUGGCUGACCGUAUUCCAUCCCAGCUCGUUGACC